AUGCUCCUCCAAUCCCGUUGGCUUUCGAGCUUCCUCUUCAUCGCAUCAGCAGCUGCCUAUGCCUACCCCCCAGCGGGCCUGAAACCACGCUACCUCGCCACCGGCACGGGCAUCUCACUGCCCUCGACCAGUCCACCGCCCUAUCCCACCGGCAGCGCCAACGGAACCUCCGUCUCAACCUCCCCGACGUCCGCCUCCACAACAGCAACGCCCACCCCGACAUCAUCCGAACUCUUCUUCCUCGUCGCCGCCGACACCGGCACCGACCUCGACGGCGACUACGCCUCCAUCGGCUCCGACACCAGCGGCAACGGCCUCCUGGUCCUCUUCCUCGCCGCCGAACCGGACCAAGUGGCGUCCUUUUCGACCUUCAACAUCAACGCCGACGGCACGCUCGAGAAUGAGUUCGUCGGAGGCAUCGCGAGCAUAUUCGCCGGCUCCAAGUACGACAGUCUGCACUUCGAAAACGAGGUCUUUGUCGACGAGGCUGGGGACACGAAGUCGAUCUGCGAGGUUGUGGGCGGGGCCCUGACCUGUCAGACGGGGGCAGCGACGGUGUUCUUUGUGUGUCCGGUACAGGACAUUGAUGGAUCGUUUAUUGGCGGGACCGUGGAAGUGGGGCCGACGACGCAACCGGGGUGUACGACGCUUACUUUGCUGGCGGUGCCCGUUUAG